AUGGGUAUUCCAUCCUCAUUGCCCACAAACCCUAACCCCAGCCCCAGUCCGCCGCUCCCUCAGUCACCGCCACCACAAACGCUGCCAUUACCUCAAUCGCCACCACCUCAAUCACCACCACUACCCCCAAGCCAAAUACCACCUCUCAUUCCGCCGACUCCCCUCUCGCCGCAAACCGAACCGCAAAAUGAAACACCAAUUCUCGACACUCAUUCCCCAGAACCAGUGCCUGAGCCUGCGCCUACUCAAACGAAAACCAAAGGCAAAACAAAAAGGGCUGCCGGUAGACCCAAGGAAACCCCUGUUGGAAAACGGAAACUAGUACCCUCUAUUCCUUUCGACCUAAAUUCUCCACCUCAGCUGUCCUCUGAACUACCAAAGAAAAGGACUGUGUCUUCUCGCAAACUCCAGACCAAAGUGGCCCAAACACCAAGCACCUCGGUCUCCCUUACACUCUCCAAAGACUGGCUAUCUGCCGAUAAUAUAGAGGAGGGUUCGGGGUAUAAAAAUAUUGAGUGGCAGCAAACUGUUUAUGACCCUGUUCAAUUUUGGAAGGAUAUUGCACCUUUUGGGGGAAGGGGACACAGUAACAAUAUUGUGGGUGCUGGUGACUUAUUUCUCUUGUGGUGCAUAAAGGAGAGAAAACAAAACCUCAAGGCACUCGAUGCAAAGACCAAAGCCUUGACAGCAGAGCUUGAUCAGUAG